AUGAAGUGUUGGACUUACGGAGUGCUGUGGCUUGUCCUGCUAGCCACGGCCAAGAGCGACACUUUGGAUGGAGGCAGCAGUUGUCGCCUACAGCCAACCACGAUACGCAUCACAAGGGACCAGAACGACGAACUGGGAAGCUUGACGAGGACCUGCGAAGGGACCGUCCUGGUAAGCCGCUGCGAAGGGACAUGCAUCUCCCAGGUGCAGCCCUCCAUCACGCUGCCGCACGGAUUCCUCAAGGAGUGCAACUGCUGCCGCGAGACGUACAUGAACAAGCGGGAGAUUCAACUCCAGGACUGCUUCGACCCGAACGGCCAGAAGUUGUAUGGCGCCGAGGGAAGCAUGACCAUAUUCCUGGAAGAGCCGCAAGACUGCUCCUGCCACAAGUGUGGGGGUUAA